AUGGCGCUCAGCGAGGAAUGUGACUCGGAGCUGGUGUUUGUGGUGGUGGUGAACGGCGAGCGCGCGGAAGCCUACAUCGAAGCGGUGGGGACGAAAGCGCUUGGAAAGAAAAAUAAACUUGUGGAUUGCCAGAAGUUCAUAAACGUUGCUAAACAUUCGUAUCAACAGACGAUUUUAUUCACUGAUUUAUAUGAUGACGUUCAAAAAAUUGUAUCACCUUACAUAAGGGAUGGCGGCAAAAAACACAUCACUAUGGUCCCGGUGCUAGGCAAGCCGUUUGCCAUCGUCGUGUGCUUGGUCUCGCCGAAGGAGCAAGAAGAGCAUGUCGUCACCUACGUCCACGAGUGUUUUCUGCUAUGCUGGCCAACUGUAAAGAAGAAUUCUUUAGAACAUGAAAAGUCUGUGAAAUAUAAGUGCCAGCAGCUGCUUCGCGUCGCUAAACGAUUGUUCACUCAAGUGGCGUCGCUGCACUCGCUGGUGAGACUGGCCACGGACCAGGGUAAGCGCGUGGUGGACGCGGAACUUUGUGCCCUGAUGAUCCUCGACCUGGACCGCAUGGAGCUCGUUGAGACCUGCUACACAAAGGGUACCGACGAAACGUUCGAACGACGAUUUCCAAUGGACCGCGGGAUCGCGGGGCAAGUGAUCAAAACCGGCACCAUUGUGAACGCUAGGAACGCUACACAACACCCAGCUUACGACCCUGAUGUCGACAGUCGCCCAGGGAUUGACGUAAAAACCAGUCUGACUUUCCCGAUUCGUGAGCAGCAAGGGAUCAUCGGAGUGGGUAUACUAAUCAACAAGAUAGGCGACCCGUUCUUCGACUCGAUGGACGAGGAGAUGGCGCUUUCGUUCAGCGUGUACUGCGGUGUCUGCAUUUUGCACUCGGUGGUGUACCAGAAAAUACAGGAGGCCAGCAUCAGGAAUAUCCGGGGUCAUGAACUAAACAUGUACCAUAUUGAGGUGAGCGACUCAGAAAUGUCAAAAGUGCUAGAUUGCAAGGGAUUCCACAACAUUCCAGAGUUCUCAUCACUGCAUUUCAACACGCGAGGUCUGCCUCUAAGGGAGCUUCCGUGCUUGGUCGUCAAGAUGUUCAGUGAUUUGGGAUUUAUACGAAAGUUCAACAUGAAGCAAUCAAAGCUAGUGCGGUUCGUGCUUCUAGUAAGGAAGAGUUACCGGGACGUGCCAUACCACAAUUGGUACCAUGCCUUCAGCGUAGCUCAGUGGGCCUACGCUGCGCUGCUAAACUUUCAGUUGGUGAAGCGAGGAUACUUUAGCGACCUGCAAGCAUUGAUGUACCUGAUAGCGUGUCUAGUUCAUGAUCUGGACCACCGUGGAACUGCUAGUGGUUUUCAAGUGAACGGAGAAACUGCCUUAGCUGCUCUAUAUUGUAGCGAGGGAAGUGUGAUGGAGAGACACCACCUCGGGCAGGCUGUGAGCAUCCUCAACACGGAGGGCUGCGACAUCCUCGAGCCUCUGCCGAGGCGCGACUACGACCGCGCGCUGCUACUGCUGCGCGAUUUCAUCCUGGCAACCGACUUGAACAAUUACUACAAAAAAGUAAGCGAAUACAAGAUGGUAACGUGCGACUACCUCAUCGGCAACCAAAUCCACAUCGCCGCUCUGCAGGCUCUGAUGAUGAACGCGGCGGAUUUCAGCGACCAGAUAAAGGACUGGGGCUCCGUUAAGAAAACUGCCGCAGAGGCGUUCACAGAGUUCUUCAACCAAGAUGAAUCAGAUAAGAGCCGUGGGGAUGCGCCUCCAGCUUUCCUGGAUCCAAAAAACAAAAUUAUUAUCCCUGAACUAGAGAUAAAGUUUGUCACUGACACUAUUAUUCCCAUUUAUGAUAUGAUUGCAAAAAUCUUUCCCGCCAUAGCGCCCGCCAAAGAGAUUCUUGAAAGCUACUUGGUCCUUUGGGAUGGAUCGAAAGAUAUAUUUGUUGAGGUAACCCCAAUUCUUGCGGGUCUAUCAGUUCUACUGAGCCCAGAACUCGACCAGCUGAUCCAAGACGCGUUGAACGAGCGCGAGAGACUGCGGCUGGAGGCCGAGGCGUUGGCGGCCGAGGAGGCGGCGGCGGCGGCGGCCGCGGCUGCAGCCGCCGCGGCGGAGGAGGAUUAGUAUUGACAUUAUACUAGAUAACUUUUACCAGCGUAGUACCUAUUCUAAAUUAUGUAACACAUAGCUGGAGCUGGACAUUCUAAUAUAGUAUUUUUUUAAUGUAUUACCUACUCAGAGAUACAAUCUGUAGGCACUGAUGAAUCUUCACGCCUAGACGAGAAGAUGUACUUACUUUACUGAACCGAUUUGAAUCACAAAUGCGCGACUUUUUAGAGUUUUUAGCCUACGAUCUAUCUACGAUACACAUGUCUGUAGCUUGCAUAACUAAUAGCUUGCCAGCGGAAUUUCAAAAUACCAGUCCAUUUGCCAGUAUCUUUAUACGCGGGCAUGGCAUGGCCGUAUGGCAGGCCUUUUAUUUACUGAGUUUACAAAACUGUUCUAGUAACAAUAAAAUUAUGAUACGAAUAAAAAGCUUUUGCUGUGUAUAAUCAUUAGUUUUAUUUGUAAGUAAUAGGUACAUAUUAUAAAUAUUUAAUCACUAUAAGUCGAGUAGUUAGAAGAUAAAAAUUAAUUGUGAUGAGGAUUUAGCAACGUUAGGCACUUAUUUACCUUUGGUAGAUUUUAUAAAAUAUUACAAUGAUUACUUCACCUACUCGUACAUAAAAUGAAAUUUAAAAAGACUAAAAUAAUUAUUAAUAAAAUUCGUAAUCAAAUGCAAGUAUUGUGUGGCCAGCAAAAAUAAAUCUAUUAUCAUCUCUAAAAUCCACAGAAAAAGUAUCAUCAGUAACUUUUCACUAAUUUUCGAAUCACAUCGUAGGCAAUUCAGCAAGUACCUACUUCUAUACCAGUAUAUCAUCACAUAUUUGUAUUUUAUGGUGUAAAUUAAACACGAAAGCAAGAAAUUAUCCACUGUGAACAUGAUUAAAUAAUUAAGUUAUAACGUAAUAAGCGUUCAGAGUUACAUGCCAGUGUCUUUUACUUUAAUCACAAUACAAUAAUACAGGAAUGUUAAAACAUAAAAGCAUAAAAAGGCAUGUAGAGGUAAAAUAUGAUUAAUUAUUUUGUAAUAUUAAGUUAAUUACACCUACCUAUUUUGUAAUAUUAAGUUAAUUACCUUAACACUGGAAUUAUAGCAUAGGUAACCUAGGUUUGGUGCAGUUGUUUAAUAAACGUUUCUUUCAUAAGCCCACUAACUCGCGUAAGUACCUUGUAAUAAGUCAUUUGUUACCUACUAUAGUUAAGUAAAUUUAUAACAUA